UGAACAUACAGGGUGGAUUCGCGAUCUUUGCUGAGUUUUGUGAGUGGGCCUCUGGGACGAGGCUCGUUGUAAUGACUGAAUCCUCGCAGCUGGAAGCUUUUUAAAGGCAGCUGUUCAGUUUCGGUUGCUCACCGGAAAUGAUUGUGAACGGACUGGACAGAAUGAUGACCUGCAGGUCCACGAGGAGCCACCAUGAGUCCGCCCAUCGUAUUUGACAGACAACCUUCUGAAAACAUGAUGUUUUACCAGAGGUCAGUUUCUCCUGAAGCAGAUUCUGGAGUCAGCUGUUUGUCUUUGAAGAGUAAUGAGUCAAAGGCUGAACCUCUCCUUUUUAAAGAAGGCUUUUGCUGUGCUGAGCACAGGAUCCAUCACAGAUCAUCUGAGGCUGAGUCUAAACUCAGCUGUUUGUCCUUGAAGAGCAACGAGUCAAAGUCUGACCCUCUGCUGUUUAAACCAGGAGUCUGCUGUCCUGAUCCCGGCCUGAGCGUGGACCAGCAGACCUCAGGAGCUCCUCAAGGCCGGUCUGCCCAGGAUCAUCAAACACACCUGGACUCCAUAUUUAUGCUGCUGGAGGACAACAUCAUCGCUUUUGUGAAGAGUGAGCUGAAAAAGAUACAGAAGGUUCUGAAUCCAGAUUACCCACAAUGCUUAGAGAGUCAAAGAGAGGUUGAUGAGUUGUUGGAGGGUGAGGAUGAAGAGGAGAGGAAGAGAAGUAGAGAAGCAUUUCUGAAGAUCACACUGCACUUCCUGAGGAGAAUGAAGAAGGAGAGGCUCGCUGACUGUUUGCAGUGCAAAUCUCCUUCCAUGUGCCAGCAGAAUCUCAAAUCUACUCUGAAAAAGAAGUUCCAGUGUGUGUUUGAGGGGAUCGCUAAAGCAGGAAAUCCAACCCUUUUGAAUCAGAUCUACACAGAGCUCCACAUCACAGAGGGAGGGACUGCAGAGGUCAAUGAUGAACAUGAGGUCAGACAGAUUGAAAAAAAUUCCAGAAAACCAGACAGACCAGAAGCAACAAUUAGACAAGAAGAUAUUUUUAAAGGCUUGCCUGGAAAAGAGGAACCAAAAAUAGUGCUGACAAAGGGAGUGGCUGGCAUUGGGAAAACAGUCUUAACACAGAAGUUCAUUCUGGACUGGGCUGAAGGCAAAGCCAACCAGGACAUUCAGUUCAUAUUUCCAUUCACUUUCAGAGAGCUGAAUGUGCUGAAAGAGGAAAAGUUCAGCUUGGUGGAACUUGUUCAUCACUUCUUUACUGAAACCAAAGAUGCAGGAAUCUGCAGGUUUGAAGACUUCCAGGUUGCGUUCAUCUUUGAUGGUCUGGAUGAGUGUCGACUUCCUCUGGACUUUAACAAUGCAGACAUCCUAACUGACCCUAGAAAGUCCACCUCAGUGGAAGUGCUGCUGACAAACCUUAUAAGAGGGAAACUGCUUCCUUCUGUUCACCUCUGGAUAACCACACGACCUGCAGCAGCCAAUCAGAUUCCUUCUGACUGUGUUAACAUUCUGACAGAGGUCAGAGGGUUCACUGACCCUCAGAAGGAACAGUACUUCAAGAAGAGGUUCCCAGAUGACAAGCUAGCAGAUAAAGUUCUCUCACAUAUAAAGACAUCACGAAGUAUUCACAUCAUGUGCCACAUCCCAGUCUUCUGCUGGAUCACUGCUACAGUUCUGGAGGAUGUGCUAAAAACCAGAGGGGGAGGAGAGCUGCCCAAGAACUUGACUGAGAUGUACAUUCACUUCCUGGUGGUUCAGACAAAACUGAGAAACAUUAAGUAUAAUCAAUAUAGUAAAUCUGAACCAGAUAAACACUGGAGUCCAGAGAGCAGGAAGAUGAUUGAGUCUCUGGGAAAACUGGCUUUUAAUGAGCUGCAGAAAGGAAACCUGAUGUUCUAUGAAUCAGACCUGACAGAGUGUGGCAUCGAUAUUAAAGAAGCCUCAGUGUACUCAGGAGUGUUCACACAGAUCUUUAGAGAGGAGAGAGGACUGUACCAGGACAAGGUGUUCUGCUUCGUCCAUCUUAGUGUUCAGGAGUUUCUGGCUGCUCUUCAUGUCCAUCUGACCUUUAUUAAGUCUGGUAUCAAUCUGAUGGAAGAACAACAAUCAACUUUCCAAAGAGAAAAAGGGUUUUACCAGUGUGGUGUGGAUAAGGCUUUAGAGAGUCCAAAUGGGCACCUGGACUUGUUUCUUCGAUUCCUUUUCGGUCUGUCACUGCAGAGCAAUCAGAUUCUCCUUCGAGGUCUGCUGACACAACCAGGAAGUGGCUCACAGACCAAAGAGGAAACUGUCCAGUACAUCAAGAUGAAGAUCGAGGAAAUCCCUUGUCCAGAGAAAAGCAUCAACCUGUUCCACUGUCUGAAUGAACUGAAUGAUCGUUCUCUAGUGGAAGAGAUCCAAAAGUCCCUGAGAUCGGGAAGUCUCUCCACAGAUAAACUAUCUUCUGCUCAGUGGUCAGCUCUGGUCUUCAUCUUACUGUCAUCAGAAGAAGAUCUAGAUGUGUUUGACCUGAAAAAAUACUCUGCUUCUGAGGUUGCAUUUCUGAGGCUGCUACCAGUGGUCAAGGCCUCUAAGAAAGCUCUACUGAGUGGCUGUAACCUUACAGAGCGAAGUUGUGACGCUCUGUCCACAAUUCUCAGCUCUCCAUCCUGUAGACUCAGAGAGCUGGACUUGAGUAACAACGACCUGCAGGACGAAGGAGUGAAGGCACUGUCCAGAGGUCUGGAAAGUCCAUAUUGCGCCCUGGAAACUCUUGGGUUGACAGGCUGCAUGAUCACGCAUGAAGGGUGCAUUGCUCUGGCCUCAGCUCUGAACUCCAACCCCUCCUCCCAUCUGAGAGAGGUGGACCUGUCCUACAAUCACCCUGGAGACACAGGAGUGAAACUUCUGGCUACUGAGUUGAAUGAUCCACACUGGAGAAUAGAAAAUCUCAGAGCUGACCCAGUUGGAAUCGAGUGGUUAAAAUCAAGUCUGAGGAAGUAUUUCUGUGAAUUCACGCUGGACCCAAACACAGCUCACAAAUUCCUCAAAUUAUCCGAAAGCAACAAAAAAGUGACAGACCUGAGAAAGGAGCACCCGUAUCCUGACCACCCAGAGAGAUUUGAUUACUGGCCUCAGGUGCUGUGUGAAAAUGGUGUGACUGGUCGCUGUUACUGGGAGGUCGAGUGGGUUGGAAAGGUUUAUAUUGCAGUAAGCUACAGAGGGAUCGUAAGGAAUGGAGACAGUGAUGCCUCAAAAUUUGGAGGCAAUGAGCAGUCCUGGUGUCUGACCUGCACUGAUGGAGGGUAUAGCGCCUGGCACAACAACAGCGGGACUCCCAUUACAGUAACGUCAUUAUCUGAUGUCUCUAACAGAGUAGCAGUGUAUGUGGACUGUCCUGCUGGCACUCUGUCCUUCUACAGAGUCUCCUCUGACACUCUGAUCCACCUCCACACCUUCAACACCACUUUCACCGAAACUCUUUAUCCUGGGUUUGGUUAUGGGGUGAAGUUUAACUCAUCAGCCUUUCUGUGCACACUGUAGACCAGAAGCAUGGACAGAAAUCUUACUGGUUCCAUUAAUAAUAAUAAUAAUGAUAAUGCAUUGGAUUUAUAUAGCGCUUUUCAAGGCACCCAAAGCACUUUACAAUGACAUUAUUCAUUCACGCUCACAUUCACACACUGGUGGAGACAAGCUAC